AUGAUGCUCCCUGUUAUCGUUCCUCCGCAAGGAGGCGUUCGGCUUAUGUCCGAAGUGCCUUUGUUGGAUUCGCCUCGUCUCAGCCUUCUAGGCUUGCGAAGUAAUCGCGGAACGUCUCAGUGUCGGGCGAAAACUUCUUCUUCGUCUACUCGGGCCUCUAUUCCACAAAAGGAGCAUCACUACGGGCAUUUGACUAGCGGUCAAGACCACGUACGAGCAGUACGCGGUUCGGCCGUUGUAAACCGCGAGAAUGACAUCGACAACUACACAUUCGAUAACCUCCGCACGAACAGCGCUUCAUUUCAUGGCGACAGUAACAGCGCUUCAUUUCAUGGCGAGAAAAUAACGGUCUCAGUGCGAAUUCACUCCGUGUCGGCCGGGGAAACCGUUUCUUCUAUCGCAUCCAGCUACUCCAUUCCUGUGGACGCUCUUCUCGCGGCCAACGACAAAUCCUCGCCGAGCAUUCGCGUCGGUGAGUCCCAGGCGUCGCAGUCAGGGCGUUCCCAACACGUGUCUCUGCACAUUCGAGAGAACCACGGAACGAGCUCCAGACAUCCUGAUACUCGUGUAAAUGAAUCGGCCGCUGCUCCUUGUGAGGGGGUCUCGCCUGCUCUGCUGGUAACAUCUGCUCCUGCUGCUCCUGCUGCUGCUGCUGCUGUUGCUGCUGAUGCAUCUGCCGGUGCUUCCACUGCUGCCAACGCGCCUCAUGCUCACUCCCAUGCUGCAUCUUUCGCUGACACUCCCUCUCCCACUUCUGCUGCUGCUGAGUACGAAAAUCGGCGUUUCGCCGACGAGCUGAGCGGGUUUGCAAACUUCUUUGCUGCAAGAAAGCACCUUGACGGAUGGAGAAAGGGCCCUGGGGAAGGCCGUGUAGGUACCCACGUGGGGAGUGACGGUUCAAGACAGGGUGUGGUGGCGUCCGUGACGCAGGCGUUGGUUCCUGUAAGAGGGGUGGAAGUUCAGCAAUCGCUGCCGUUGAUUGGCCUCGGAUUUGCUAUCACUGUCACUGCAGGAGCUCUUGCUGUUCGCUCGGGAUUGCAUGGCCUGGUUCGUGCGGCCUUUCUGUUGCGGCUGCAGGGCUUUUCGCAGUGGCAACGCGACCAGAGACAGCAGCAGCAGGAGCAGGAGAGGGAGCAGCAGGGGGAGGGUAGUGAACAGAAGGCGGAAUCGAACGAGCAGCAGUCACUUCAGCGUGUGAGGGACAAUAAGCGGCUUGAGUUUUCAAAGAGGGCUCUCAGAAACUACCUAGACCUGCAGAAACGCGAAGUCAAACGGUCUGGCAUGGAAGGAGCUGCUCUGCGGCUGAAGAUGAGAAUGGCCAAGGCGAACGGGAAGGAUCCUCUACCAUUCGCCCCGUUACAGGAUAAGAUGGGUUCACGCCGAAGCGUGAUGACUGAAAUCCGCAAUGUUGUGGCCGAGGCAGUGGCGGAGGUGGUAGAAGGAGAGGAGUGCACGGUUGUGAUUGAGAGGAGUAAGGCGUUGGUGAAGGACAGCGAGGGCACAGGGGAGUCGAGGGAAGUGGAGAAGGGGAUUAUGAUGGGAAACGGUACUGGUGGAGGGGCAGAGGAGGCUGGCAGAAUGAUUGAGAUGAUGGAGAAGGGAUGGUAUGGUGGAGCUGGUAAAACAGAAAUGAAAGAAAUGAUGGGCUUGGAAGGGGAUGAGGACGGGCUUGGAGAGGUGGGGCCAGAGGUUUUUCUGGAGUGGAGUGUGGAGAAGGCCAGAGAGACUAAUGCACAUGCAAUGGGGUAUACCAAAGAAAGGAGUUAA